AUGGAAACUAUUUUCGAAGCCGUUUUUUUUACAUUCAUUGAUCCUCCAAAUGUUCGCAUUAAUCGUCCGAGGUGGCUUAGUAUGCCUUCUCCAAUGCAGGUUUUUGCUUUUGUUAUGGUGACAUAUUUCUUUGUAACUGGCGGUGUCAUUUACGAUAUCAUCAAUGAACCUCCAGGCGUUGGACAAACAACUGAUGAAAGAGGAAACGCGAAGCCAGUCGCAAUAAUGAAACAUCGAAUUAAUGGUCAGUAUAUUAUGGAGGGACUGGCUGCGAGUUUCAUGUUCUCUCUGGGUGGAAUUGGUUUUAUUAUUCUCGAUAAUUGCAAUAAUCCGCUUACACCGAAAUUGAAUCGAAUAAUGAUGCUUGGACUUGGUUUUGCUUGCAUUUUAAUCUCAUUUUUUGCUACGCGUUUAUUUAUGAGAAUUAAAUUGCCUUAUUAUAUGCAUGGAUAUUUAUUAAGUAGCAUCUAA